AGCGGGUUUGCACUGGCAGAACUGGGGGGCAUUUGGAGCUCCAUAGUUCGCCGAGCACCCUGAGGGGCCCCAACCACGCCUUCGGGUUGUGAGACGGGAGUCUGGGGCCGGGCCGGAUGGGGAGCUUGGAAAGGUGAAGCAAAGGAGAAGAAUCCGGGAGGACAGGGCCCCUGUGACCUAAGAUAGAUGCCCAGAAAGGGAGAGGAGAAGCCUGGGCGUCCGUUCGUAGUGCUGCCCCGCCCCCAAUGGAUCAAUACUGCAUCUUGGGUCGUAUAGGAGAGGGUGCCCAUGGCAUUGUCUUCAAGGCCAAACACGUGGAGACUGGGGAGAUAGUUGCCCUCAAGAAGGUAGCCCUGAGGCGGCUGGAGGAUGGCAUCCCCAACCAGGCCCUGCGGGAAAUCAAGGCUCUUCAGGAGAUCGAAGACAAUCAGUAUGUGGUGCAGCUGAAGGCUGUGUUUCCGCAUGGUGCUGGCUUUGUGCUGGCCUUUGAGUUCAUGCUGUCUGAUCUGGCUGAGGUGGUACGCCAUACCCAGAGGCCAUUGGCUCAGGCCCAGGUCAAGAGCUAUCUCCAGAUGCUGCUCAAGGGUGUCGCCUUCUGCCAUGCCAACAACAUUGUACAUAGGGACUUGAAACCAGCCAACCUGCUUAUCAGUGCCUCGGGCCAGCUCAAGAUAGCAGACUUUGGACUUGCACGGGUCUUCUCCCCAGAUGGCAGCCGCCUCUAUACCCACCAGGUGGCCACCAGAUGGUACCGAGCCCCUGAACUCCUGUAUGGUGCACGCCAGUAUGACCAAGGUGUUGACCUCUGGGCCGUGGGCUGCAUCAUGGGAGAACUGCUGAAUGGGUCUCCUCUGUUCCCUGGUGAAAAUGACAUAGAGCAACUUUGUUGUGUGCUUCGUAUCUUGGGCACUCCGAGCCCUCAAGUGUGGCCGGAGAUCACUGAGCUGCCUGACUACAACAAGAUCUCCUUUAAGGAGCAGUCACCUGAGCCCCUGGAAGAGGUGCUGCCUGAUGCCUCUCCUCAAGCCUUGGACCUGCUGGGGAAGUUCCUACUCUACCCUCCUCGACAACGCAUCAUGGCCUCCCAGGCUCUUCUGCACCAGUACUUCUUCACAUCUCCCCUGCCGGCCCACCCCUCGGAGCUGCCCAUUCCUCAGCGCCCAGGAGGACUUACCCCCAAGGCACCUCCAGGACCCCCCCACGUCUAUGACUUCCACGUGGACCGGCCUCUUGAGGAGUCAUUGUUGAACCCAGACCUGAUUCAGCCUUUUGUCGUAGAAGCGUGAGACCCUCGCCUAGCACCUCCUGACUGACUUCCCGAGCUGCUCAGUUCUCAUGUUCCGCUACUUCAUUUCACCUUCCAAGCCCUCCGAGCACCACCUGGGCCCCUCCAUACCUUGUCCGCGCCAACCAGGGCAAUGAGUUAGGGCAUGCUACCCUAGCAGAAGAGGAGACUCAGUGCCCAACUGCCCUCCUGUGUGCCACUAAUUGAAAGAGGCCCUUCCAGGGACCAGUGGGCAUCCAGUAACACCAACAUUGGCUCUGGGUUCAAGGUGCUGACGUCUUCUUAAAGCACAGAGUCAUUCUUGUGGGCACCCCCGGGUGAAGUGCAGAGUGUAAAAAGUUCUCAGGUAGGAAGAAAGAUUUUGUUUCUCAGAGAUAUUAAAGUAUUGGAAAACCUUA